AUGGUUCUGCCAAGACCCCUCAAAUCGCUUGUGCUCAAGAAUAACGGGACUUUCAUUGGGCUUGAUGACGAUCAGCUGGUAGAGGUCAUCGAGACAAGCCAAUGGGCCGUAGAGUUGGCCAAGCGGAUCCAGGUACCCUCGCCCGGCCUCCACACCGUAUCAAUAUCGUGCUCGGGGGCCCUCUUCCAUCCAAGAGGAGGGCCCACGGCAUCCAGUCAGCGUACGAGGGCGUAUCCUCCCGUACUCGCCACCCUGAUUUUCGACGUGAUGCUGGGGAUGAAGACGGCCGAGCGGGAGCUAUUUGAUGAUGAUGGGGAUGAGCCGUUUGAGAGGCUCAUCGCCAUGGAGGCCAACGGAUUGUCAAACACCAUGGUUGGCCCGCUGCUCGACCCGACGCAUUAUACCAAACUUGACUACUCGGCCGUCGCCCUGCUCCCCGUCGCCGUCGUUCUUUGCCUCGUCGUCGCCGUCGCCGCCCUAUAUCAAUGCCGGAGAUGUCGACAUCAUCGGAGACAGAUCGAGCAGCUAGCAUGGGUGUAUGACGUGCUAGAAGAUGCUCUUCCCUCCCCGCUGCCGGUUCCGAAAGACAGUAACAACGCCAGGCCUACAGCUCAAAGCCCGCACGUCUUCAGGCCGCCGGACUCGCCGCAGCUCUCCCCAGCUCAACGAGUCUCCCAGGCCGUCCGCCCACCCCCAGCCCACUCGUCCCCGUUUUACCAGCCAACAUUCAAGGGCAAAUCGCUACGCUACGAUACGCUCCAAAAGGCUACGUCUGCUACGGAGGUAAUCUUCCACUUUACCAACUUCCUCGAGCCGAACGGCACGGCGGCCGUAGAGCAGCACGUU